AUGAAACCAAAAAUCUCAGAUUUUGGGCUAGCAAAAAUAUUUAUCUCAAAUAACACCGGAGGAAACACUACAAGAAGAGUAGUUGGUACAUAUGGCUACAUGGCCCCCGAGUAUGCUUCGGAGGGUGUCUUCUCUAUCAAAUCCGACGUCUUCAGCUUUGGAGUUAUUAUUUUUGAUAUUCUUACUCGAGAAAGGAAUUGUAGAAGCCAACAUUGGGGAGAUUUCAUCAAUCUCCUUGGAUAUGCAUGGCAAUUAUGGGAAGAGAGAAGGUGGAUUGAUCUCAUUGAUGCAUCGUUGGUUCCUAGUAGUCAUUCAACAAAGGUGAUGCGCUACAUUAACAUAGCAUUGUUGUGUGUACAAGAGAAUGCAGCUGACCGACCAAGCAUGACCGAUGUUGUUGCAAUGUUAAGCAAUGAGACAAUGAUCAUGUCUCAGCCUAAGCAGCCCGCAUAUUUCAACUUAAGGGUUGGAAAUGAAGAGCCAUCUGCAGCUAUCGAGACACAUAGUAUUAAUGAUAUGACUUUAUCUGUCAUAAUACCUAGAUAG